GGUACGUCACAAAACCAUAAUACCAAAAAAAAAGAUGGGAGUUGACAGCUUAAAAGACAUAUUUGGGCCAAAUAAUUACAGUUCGUCCGCCUUCGCAAUUUGUGCCGGCUCAGCGGCUGCCGGUGCAGCGUUUGCCAAAUUAAUGAUGAUCGCCACAAAAUAUUUGUGCAACCAGAUGGAAAAUUAUCGACUGCGAAAUCAAAUCAAUCAAAUCAACGUUCUCAUUCUCAAUGAAUCCAGUGAAUUAUGCAAAUCGAGUCAUCUUCAGGAUGCGUCUUUCAAGUGUCAAAACGAUUAUUGCUCAAAGCGGCAGCUGCAAUCUAUCGUCGAUGAAAUCGAUCGGGCGCAAUAUUCAAUCGAUAUAGCCAUGUACAUAUUUACCCUGCACGAUCUGAUGGAGAGCAUUGAUCGGGCACUGAUCCGUGGUGUCCUUGUGCGCCUGAUCAGCGAUCACGAAAUGAAUUGUUCAUCCGGCGCACGCAUUUCGCAACUAAGCAAAUUGGGGAUUGAGAUCCGUGCCCCGGAUACAACGGCCAUGAUGCAUCACAAAUUCAUGGUCAUCGAUAAUUCAACGCGGGUGAAGGAAAUCCUGCGAACUCGAGAUGGCAAGAGAAAGUCUACCUACCGAAGUGUGUUAGUUUUUGGUUCAAUUAACUGGACGAUGCAGGGAUUCAGCGGGAAUUGGGAGAAUUGCGUUAUUACAUCUGACAGCUAUUUAGGCAGCAAAUUCCAAAUGGAAUUUGAGCGCAUGUGGAAAGCUUUCGAAGAUUCUUUAUCUAACGUCAAGCUGACGGCGUAAAAUUUUAUUUUUAAAUCUAGUUAAGCUUAAAAAUAUAAAUUUG